AUGAACUCAACUGAGAAGGGCUACCUUCCUUUUGAUGGCAUCCUCGACCUGUUCAGCCUCCUCGGACAGCAGCCCCUAGGCGUUUCGCACCUGUUGACGCACAGAGCGUCCUUCAUUCAGCAUCCCAGCACGUUCAGUUUGUCCAAGGCGGGCAUGAGCAUCGUAAAAACGGUCCACGACUGCCGGGGAGGACAUGUGAAAAUGACGAGGUCAGCCCGGUCUAGCUCUGGCCAGAGACAAGUAUCCAGUGAAAAACUAGUGAAAAAGUCAGUAGAUAACAUGGAUCUCGGGCGGAUAAAGCCGCAAAACUGCCAGAGGAUAGUCGUGCUCGGUGCGCCAAAGGUGGGCAAAACCAACCUCCUGCUCAGGUUUUUGGGUAAAGACUUUAAAGAGCACUAUGAACCCACUAGAGAGGACUUUCACAGAAAGCUGUUUCACAUCGGAGGAGAGACGUACCGAGUGGAUCUGCUGGAUGCGGCGUGCGAGAGAGACUUCCCCGCGAAGCGCAGACUGUCUAUCCUCACAGGUGACAUCUUUCUGCUCGUCUUCAGUUUGGACAGCAGAGACUCUUUCCGAGAAGUGUGUGAGCUGUUCAGUGAGAUCAAAUCUGCAAAGACAAAGUUUCUCAAAAUGAAGACUCCGGCCAAGGUCCCUAUAGUGGUCUGUGGGAACAAGACGGACCUGGGCGCAUCCCAGAGAGUCAUGGGCCGCUCUGAAGUGGUCAAAACAUUGGGUGAAGACGUUACGUACGUCGAAACCUCCGCCAAGAACAGUACAGGACUGGAAAUCAUGUUCCGUGCGCUGGCCCGACUGGGCGGUUUGCCUGACGAAACGAGCCCGUCCCGUCACGAGAUCAUCCCCAUCCUCAGCUACCAGUCUCUGUGCGCGAGCCAAAGGGGCAGAAGCAGCAAGACGCACAAGGCACGUGCGCCAUGUGGGGCCGUGGAUCCAUUGGCGCGCAGACCCAGUUUCACCACGGAUCUGAAGCUAGUGCUUGGAUCAAGCACAAAAUCAUCCAAACCCGAGAGGUGUCAGAUUCAAUGA